AAGCCAUGCUCAAACAUAGCUCCUUCUUCUUCUUCUUUCCAAAAGAGUACUGUUUGCAUUUAUAUAGUUUCAUAUCCAUUAAUGGCUUCUUCUUAUAAUGUAACUAGGGUUUCCAAGUCUCUUGUGACACCCUCAGAGCCAACACCAAAUGAAACCCUAACCCUAUCAUUCAUCGACUGUGUUCCCGGUCUCCGGCACGGAGUUAGGUCCAUUCACAUAUUCAAACAAGGCCAUGAACCAGCCAAGGUAAUCAAAGAAGCUCUGUCAAAAGCUCUGGUACAUUACUACCCUUUUGCAGGCAGGUUUAUUGAUCCUGAUUCACCGGCCGCCGGUGAGGUCACAGUGGCUUGCUCCGGCGAAGGUGCCUACUUCAUUGAAGCUAAGGCCAAUUGCAGCUUGGAAGAUGUUAACUAUCUUGACCUUCCUUUAAUGAUCCCUGAAUUUGAACUCCUGCCUGAACCUCAUCCUGAUGUUCCACUUCUUAACAUGCCCUUCUUGAUGCAGGUGACAGAGUUCACAUGCGGAGGCUUUGCAGUGGGGCUCAUCACCGUCCAUAGUUUGGCCGACGGUCUCGGCGCCGCUCAGAUGAUCAACGCCAUCGGUGAGCUCACCCGUGGGCUCACCCAUCCAACCAUCAAACCACUAAGAAACAGUGCAAUCAUACCCAAACCUCCAUCAGUCCUUCCCGGCCCUCCUCCAUCUUUGGACGACCUCAAACUCAAGUACUCCACUUUUGACAUCUCACAAGAGUUCAUCAACAAUAUCAAAUCUGACUACUUCAAAGAAAACGGCCAACACUGCUCAACCUUCGACAUCUCCGUCGCAAAAGCUUGGCAAGCUCGCACAAGAGCUGUCAAGCUUGAAGAUAACAAUGAAAUUGUUAACAUUUGUUUCUUUGCAAACACUAGACAGUUAUUAAACAAAGAGGAGUUACCUUCAGGUAGUGGAUUUUAUGGUAAUUGUUUUUAUCCUGUGACAGUGAGUGCAACUUGUGGUGAGGUUGUUAACAUGGAUUUGGUUGGGCUUGUGAAAAUGAUCAAAGAGGCUAAGUUAAGGCUUCCUAAUGAGUUCAGUAAAUGGGCAGAAGGAGGGUUUAAGAAGGACCCUUAUGAGAUUACAUUUAGUUAUAACUUCAUGUUUGUUUCAGAUUGGACAAGGUUGGGAUUUCAAGAGGUUGAUUAUGGAUGGGGAACUCCACUUCAUGUUAUUCCUUUUGCUUAUUUUGAUUUCAUGGCUGUGUCUAUCCUUAACUCACCACCGCCGCCGAAGAAAGGCUGUCGAGUUAUGACUCAGUGUGUUAAGAUUGAGCACUUGGCUGACUUGCAGAGGGAGAUGGCUAACAUCUGAUUUUUAUUGUACUUUUGUUUCAUUUUAUUUUCAAGUUUGUGAUGUUGUAAGAUGAUCAUGGUUUUUAUGUAUAUGGUUUCAUUUAAGGUUUGAAUGUGAAUCUUAUGUAUUUAAUAA